AGCUCGAAAAAUGGAGUUCACCCUGAGCGGCAACGCCUUGGAGACCUUGGCUCGCUCCAUCACCUGCCUCUCCCGCGUCGGCAACGACCUCGCCAUCCAAGCUUCUCCUUCCAAGAUUUCCUUUCAUGCACUCAAUUUGUCAAGAUCUGUCUAUCAAUUGAUAAACUUCAAGCUAGACCUCUUUGAUGUGUUUACAGUAUCUGGCACACAGGUUCAAUGCAGCGUUCUUCUAAAGGCUGUCUGUUCUGUUCUUAGAACGCCUAUUACAAACAUUGAUCAUUUGAGUGUGCAAUUACCAGACAUCAAUGCAUCAAAAGUUCAAUGGGCUCUGCAGUGCUUCAGUGGCAUUAAGAAAACAUACUGGAUUAAUUGCAAUGUUGACCCCGACAUACAACAAUUAUCUUUGGAUAGGAGAAGAUACCCAAGCAGUUUUGCGGUGAGGCCUUGUGAUCUGAGCAGAUUGCUUGCAAAUUUUCAGUCAUCUCUUCAGGAAAUUACUAUCAUUGCAACACAACACAACUCUGAUCCUUCUGACGUUGCAAGUGAAUUUGGUGGGAAAGCUAUUGAGUUUUGAAGCUACAUUGAUCCUCCCAAAGAGAACGACUCUUUGCUGCACACUCAGCUGUGGAUAGAUCCUGGAGAAGAGUUUGUGCAUUAUGCUCAUAACGGCAGCCCAGUAGACGUUACUUUUGCUGUCAAAGGGUUGAAUGUGUUCCAUCUGAUUCUUUUUUUAUUAUAUUAUCUAUCAAGAGAUUUGGGUCAUAAAUGCAGCUAAAA